UGUCUGAAAGCCAGGAUACAACUUCCUAUAAAGGGUUAAGAAUUGCGACAUCUGGUGGAUACGAGGCGCCAUGACUUUCAACCCAUGAAAUGAAUUGUUAUCCUGAAACAUAAGUGAAUGAAACUGACAUUUUUAUCCUUUUGUGAUCAAUAUAACUAUAUUGUGUUCUAUACAUGUUUCGAAUCCUGUUCUCUCUCUCUCUCUCUCUCUCUCUCUCUCUCUCUCUCUCUCUCUCUCUCUCUCUAUGGAGGAGGGUCGCUUCCUGUGUUAAUGACGCACAUUGCGAAUACAAAUACACACAAUACAGCGCUGUGCAAAAGAGCUGGCCAAAACAUUAGGAACACCUGCCAUACACACACAGCAUGCAAAUACACACAAUACAGCACUGUGCAAAAGAGCUGGCCAAAAUAUUAGGAACACCUGCCAUACACACACAGCAUGCUAAUACACACAAUACAGCGCUGUGCAAAAGAGCUGCCCAAAAUAUUAGGAACACCUGCCAUACACACACAGCAUGCAAAUACACACUAUACAGCACUGUGCAAAAGAGCUGGCCAAAACAUUAGGAACACCUGCCAUACACACACAGCAUGCAAAUACACACAAUACAGCACUGUGCAAAAGAGCUGGCCAAAACAUUAGGAACACCUGCCAUACACACAUAGCAUGCAAAUACACACAAUACAGCGCUGUGCAAAAGAGCUGGCCAAAACAUUAGGAACACCUGCCAUACACACACAGCAUGCAAAUACACACAAUACAGCACUGUGCAAAAGAGCUGGCCAAAACAUUAGGAACACCUGCCAUACACACACAGCAUGCAAAUACACACAAUACAGCACUGUGCAAAAGAGCUGGCCAAAACAUUAGGAACACCUGCCAUACACACACAGCAUGCAAAUACACACAAUACAGCACUGUGCAAAAGAGCUGGCCAAAACAUUAGGAACACCUGCCAUACACACACAGCAUGCAAAUACACACAAUACAGCGCUGUGCAAAAGAGCUGGCCAAAACAUUAGGAACACCUGCCAUACACACACAGCAUGCAAAUACACACAAUACAGCGCUGUGCAAAAGAGCUGGCCAAAACAUUAGGAACACCUGCCAUACACACACAGCAUGCAAAUACACACAAUACAGCACUGUGCAAAAGAGCUGGCCAAAACAUUAGGAACACCUGCCAUACACACACAGCAUGCAAAUACACACAAUACAGCACUGUGCAAAAGAGCUGGCCAAAACAUUAGGAACACCUGCCAUACACACACAGCAUGCAAAUACACACAAUACAGCACUGUGCAAAAGAGCUGGCCAAAACAUUAGGAACACCUGCCAUACACACACAGCAUGCAAAUAUACACAAUACAGCACUGUGCAAAAGAGCUGGCCAAAACAUUAGGAACACCUGCCAUACACACACAGCAUGCAAAUACACACUAUACAGCACUGUGCAAAAGAGCUGGCCAAAACAUUAGGAACACCUGCCAUACACACACAGCAUGCAAAUAUACACAAUAACGCACUGUGCAAAAGAGCUGGCCAAAACAUUAGGAACACCUGCCAUACACACAGUCCUGUUCAGUUUGACACUACAAUAUAAUCAUUUCUUCUUGGUGUCUGUGUUAGUUUGCUACAUUCUUCCAGAGUUUAGAAUACAAUAAAGUCAGUAAUUUAAGCAAUGUUCUGCUUGCCUGGAACUAGAAUGGGGAAUGUAAACUAACUGGAAAGUCAUCAAUCUAGUUUCUGAUGAACUAGUUCUGCACAGAAAGCUGAACUCUGGUAGAAUGUAGCAAACAUUCACUCAGGAAUAAUAUUGUAGUUUCUGUAGAAGCUCUUAUCCAAUUGUAGAUUCAGUGAUUUCCCACGAUUGAUUAGACUGAAGCAAAAAUACUGUUAAACUGAAGUCUAGUGGAACAAUGUAUUAAACAUGCAGCCAUGCAAUCGUAUUGACUGUGAAACUGCACACAGAUUUCUUACACCGGCGCUGUGUCGUUUUCCUGCAGCCAGUAAUUGCGUGGAGGCCUGGCGCCAUCUACUGGGAGACGUGAGAAUAGCAGGGAGAGGUUUGUCAUUCAUUUCAAUGGGAGAGAGAUUAUUCAGUCUCUGGUAUCUGGAAAGUUAAUCCUCGCAUUUAAAUGAGUGUAUUAGCUCAUGUGUUUGUAUUAUACAUGACAGUGAUACAAGGUAUUAUUAGCCGUUUGUAACUUUAUAAAUGAACCUGCUAUUCUAUAAAUGAACCAACAUUUCCUUGUCAUUUUAUUAACUGGCUGAUCAGAUGGUAACCUUUAAUCAUUUUUAUUAUAUAAUUAAUAAAACUCUUAUCUGUGUGCUUGUUUUAAAUACAUGCAUUAAUCUCCUGCUUUCAUACAUCACCGCAUGUAUUAUUAGUAGCAUUAUUAAUACAUUUAACGGUACUCGAGUAUAAAAAUGCUCCUGUUUUCUUGAUUAUACGGUAAAAUGCCACAGAGCUGAUUCCCUAUUGGUUAGGAGAGUCCCAGCGCGUCCAAUCACCGGAGGACUCCUCGGUUCAGAAUGACCCCGCAGCCAAUGGCAGGCGAGAGAGGGGGCGGGUUUGUUUUCGCUUCGGUCCCUCACAAUAUUCUUCCCUGAAGGAGAGAGAGGAGGCCGGAGAGGCUGAAUUAACGAGAAAUUUGUUGAGAAGACAAAACUGGAUUAUCCUUGUGAAACAGAAGAUUCAACGAUGGAGCCUGUCCAUAUUAAACAGGAGAGACCUGUACUAGACUCAGUCCAUAUUAAAGAGGAGAGUCCUGUACUAGAAUCAGUCCAUAUUAAAGAGGAGAGUCUUGUACUAGAAUCAGUCCAUAUUAAAGAGGAGAGUCCUGUACUAGACUCAGUCCAUAUUAAAGAGGAGAUUCCUGUCCUAGACUCAGUCCAUAUUAAAGAGGAGAGUCCUGUACUAGAAUCAGUCCAUAUUAAAGAGGAGAGUACUGUACUAGAAUUAGUCCAUAUUAAAGAGGAGAGUCUUGUACUAGAAUCAGUCCAUAUUAAAGAGGAGAGUCCUGUACUAGACUCAGUCCAUAUUAAAGAGGAGAUUCCUGUCCUAGACUCAGUCCAUAUUAAAGAGGAGAGUCCUGUACUAGAAUCAGUCCAUAUUAAAGAGGAGAGUCCUGUACUAGAAUCAGUCCAUAUUAAAGAUGAGAGUCCUGUACUAGAAUCAGUCCAUAUUAAAGAGGAGAGUCCUGUACUAGAAUCAGUCCAUAUUAAAGAGGAGAGUCCUGUACUCGAAUCAGUCCAUAUUAAAGCGGAGAGUCCUGUACUAGAAUCAGUCCAUAUUAAAGAGGAGAGUCCUGUCCUAGAAUCAGUCCAUAUUAAAGAGGAGAUUCCUGUCCUAGAAUCAGUCCAUAUUAAAGAGGAGAGUCCUGUACUAGAAUCAGUCUAUGUUAAAGAGGAGUCUCAUCAUCCUAACUGUUGUGAAUGCGGGGCAGAUUUCAGACACCAUAGCCCCAUGAAACACCACCUGCGAGUUCUGAAGGUACAGCUGGGUUAUCCUUGUGAAAGGCAGGAUUCAGAUAUGGAGCUUCCUGAACUAGACCCUGUCCAUGUUGAAGAGGAGGGUAACCAUUUUAAAACAAGCAGCUUGCAGGGCUCUCUGUCCUGUACAGAAUGUGGAAAGAGUUUCAGUCAGUUACAAAACCUGAAACUUCACCACAAAAUCCACACUGGAGAGAAACAACAUGUCUGUCCUGACUGUGGGAAGAGAUUCAGACGUUUACAACACCUAAAACUCCACCAGCGAAUCCACACUGGAGAGAAACCGCAUGUCUGUGCUGACUGUGGGAAGAGUUUCAGAUAUUCACAAAGCCUGAAAUAUCACCAGCGAAUCCACAGAACGGUGAAAUCACAUGUCUGUGCUGCCUGUGGGAAGAGUUUCAGUCAGUCAAGCACCUUGAAAACACACAAGAGAAUCCACACUGGAGAGAAACAACAUGUCUGUGCUGACUGUGGGAAGAGUUUCAAUCAUUUAAAAUACCUGAAAGUUCAUCAGAGAAUCCACACUGGAGAGAAACCGCAUGUCUGUGCUGACUGUGGGAAGAGAUUCAGUCAGUUAAAAAACCUGAAAAAUCAUCAGAGAAUCCACACUGGAGAGAAACCACAUGUCUGUGCUGACUGUGGGAAGAGAUUCAGUCAGUUAAAAAACCUGAAACUUCACCAGCGAAUCCACACUGGAGAGAAACCGUAUUCCUGUGCUGACUGUGGGAAGAGUUUCAAUCAGUCAGACCACUUGAAAAGACACCAGCGAAUCCACACUGGCGAGAAACCAUAUGUCUGUGCUGACUGUGGGAAGAGUUUCAGACUGUCAAGCGAUUUGAAAAUUCACCAGCGAAUCCACACUGGAGAGAAACCACAUGUCUGUGCUGACUGUGGGAAGAGUUUCAAUCAGUCAGGCCACUUGAAAAGACACCAGCGAAUCCACACAGGAGAGAAACAACAUGUCUGUGCUGACUGUGGGAAGAGUUUCAGACGUUUACAAAACCUGAAAUAUCACCAGCGAAUCCACACUGGAGAGAAACCGCAUCCGUGUCAUAAAUGUGAAAAAAGUUUAACCCGCGCUCAGAAAUUCCAGUCGUUUUAAACAGCAGCGUAAUAUAGAAUCUGUGAGAUCUCUGGUGAAUGUCUACAGAUGAUACAGAUUCAUCAAUAUUAAACACAGUGCUCUGAAGCCGUUACAUUAUAAAGUACAUUGUUAGUAUGCAAUCCAUUGAAUAUACAGACGUCUCGGAGCGUUGUGUGAUACGAGGUGAAGCCGAGUGCCUCCAACCCCUGAGAAGUCUGUAUAUUCAACGUAUACGGUGUGGGAGAAAUUCAUAGUUGUAAUUGAAUGUACUUUGUAAAAAUGACAUUUCAAAUCUUAAACUAUGAGGCUUAAGAUGCUGUGAUGUUAAUUAAGUGUGUCUUCCCCCAGCCUUCUCCCAUAACACUCGAGAUCUGCUUCAAAGGACUGGAUAUUAGCAACAGAGGGUCGUAAAGAUUUAAAUUGGUUUCAGUUUAGAUUACCUGCCAGUCUGAUCUAAACAAACAGAGCUGAUUCUUAUCUGUUAAUUAAGAAAGUCUGUCUGGAAGCCAGGAUACAACUUUCUUCCUAUAAAGGGUUAAGAAGUGCGACACCUGGUGGAUACGAGGUGCCAUGACUUUCAAGCCAUGAAAUGAAUUGUUAUCCUGAAACACAAGUGAAUGAAACUGACAUGUUUAUCCUUCUGUCAUCAAUAAAACUAUAUUUUGUUUCUAUACAUGUUUUGAAUCCUGUUCUCUCUCCCCCCCUCUCUCUCUCUCUCUCUCUCUCUCUCUCUCUCUCUUUCUUUCUCUCUCUCUCUCUAUGGAGGAGGGUCGCUCCCUGUGUUAAUGACGCACAUUGCUUGUGUAAAAGGAAGCGUCAUUCAAAUUUGUAAGCCAAUGAAAGGACUGAUUUCGGUCAGGGAUUACCUUCCUGUUUUACCCGGAAGUGAUUGGAUCACCACAGUAAACUCCUCUUGGGGCGCUGUAUUUAAAUCGCAACACUCAUGAAAUGUUUGAAAAAUUAUCUCUUAAACUAUCCCUUUGAAUUCGUUUUGAAUCACAGCCUGUUGACUCUCCAGCUCCUAUCUGUUCAACUCUUCCUAACAUCAUGAACUGCAUUGGAAUGAAGAGAUCAAGCUGUUUUAAUCAGCAAGAAGGGUUUCUAUUACCAUGAUUAGCAAGCUGUGUGUUAAUUGAGUUCAGAUGAACUUCAAGAUUGAGAGAAAUAAUCUGAGUAAACCCGAUCUGUGUGACACUGAAUUCAUUUCAUGAAGUGUCUGAAGAGACCAGAAGACUCUGCCAGUGUGUUUUGUGUGGGACGUGGGCCUCGUUUUAUUAAUAAGUUUCUUUUUAGUUCUAUUGUAACGUUAUGCUUGAGUUUUUAAAGGUUGUAUUUAACUUCCAGUGACACGUAAACUCAGUAUAUGAAAGAGAAGGAGUUGCUUCAGUAAAUAUCAAUGCAUCACAUCUGCAUCAAAGAACAGGAAAGCAUCUAAACAAUAGAGUUCAAUGCAGAACGGAAUGUGGGGAUUUGAAACUAAUAAAUGGUAAACGUUGUUCAGAUUUGAAACAUGGUCUGGUCUCAUCCUUAUAGAGCAACACAGUAGUUAAUUCCAUGUUUACCUGAAUCCACAAACCUUACAGGCUGCAGCGUUAACCUGUAGUGUAGAGAGACAGGGCGGUACACCUGCCAUACACACACAGCAUGCAAAUACACACAAUACAGCACUGUGCAAAAGAGCUGGCCAAAACAUUAGGAACACCUGCCAUACACACACAGCAUGCAAAUACACACAAUACAGCACUGUGCAAAAGAGCUGGCCAAAACAUUAGGAACACCUGCCAUACACACCCAGCAUGCAAAUACACACAAUACAGCACUGUGCAAAAGAGCUGGCCAAAACAUUAGGAACACCUGCCAUACACACACAGCAUGCAAAUACACACAAUACAGCACUGUGCAAAAGAGCUGGCCAAAACAUUAGGAACACCUGCCAUACACACACAGCAUGCAAAUACACACAAUACAGCACUGUGCAAAAGAGCUGGCCAAAACAUUAGGAACACCUGCCAUACACACAGUCCUGUUUAGUUUGACGCUACAAUAUAAUCCCUUCUCAUUGGUGUCUGUGUUAGUUUACUACAUUCUUCCAGAGUUUAGAAUACAAUAAAGCCAGUAAUUUAAGCAAUGUUCUGCCAGCCUGGAACUAGAAUGGGGAAUGUAAACUAACUGGAAAGUCAUCAAACUAGUUUCUGAUGAACUAGUUCUGCACAGAAAGCUGAACUCUGGUAGAAUGUAGCAAACAUUCAUUCAGGAAUAAUAUUGUAGUUUCUGUAGAAGCUCUUAUCCAAUUGUAGAUUCAGUGGUUUCCCACGAUUGAUUAGACUGAAGUAAAAAUACUGUUAAACUGAAGUCUAGUGGAACAAUGUAUUAAACACGCACCCAUGCAAUCGUAUUGACUGUGAAACUGCACACAGAUCUGUUACACCGGCGCUGUGUCGUUUUCCUGCAGCCAGUACUUGCGUGGAGGCCUGGCGCCAUCUACUGGGAGACGUGAGAAUAGCAGGGAGAAUUUUAACAUUCAUUUAAAUGGGAGAGAGAUUAUUCAGUCUCUGGUAUCUGGAAAGUUAAUAAUUGCAUUUAAAUGAGUGUAUUAGCUCAUGUGUUUGUAUUAUACAUGACAGUGAUACAAGGUAUUAUUAGCCAUGUGUAAC